AUGAUUGGUCCUCGUAUGCUGUCCAAGUCGAUCCAUCGAUUCGUACGAUAUGUACACACGAUACCUCCUCCACCAGCUGUUCCUCCUCCUUUGACUCUUCAAUCGGUAUCUCCACUAAUUAGACCACAUAAACCUUGUUCUUCUACAAAUUAUUCGAUAAUCAAAUCUGAUGAUUUCUCAUUCUGGCCGGGAUUCUUCACUCCUCAAGAAUGUAAAACCCUACUUGAAAUGGCAUUGUGGAAACUAGAUAGGGUGGAUACGACUCUCAAGCGAAGGCGUGGUGAUAAAAGUGUGAAAGAUAUUCCGACGGUGUUGACAUCCCAAGAUGAUGUACAGGGGUUACAGUUACUUUUUGACAAGAAAUAUGGAUUUGAAGAAGGUCACUACGAUUCCGUCAUUCAUCAAUAUCGAGAAACGCUUUUAUCGUCUCUACCACCUUCAUCACCCCCCUCUCUCAACUCAAUCCUAUCUCGUCUGUAUGCUCUACUACCCAACUUACCAGUAAAUGACACAGAUCCAGAUUCAGGAGUAUUGCCUCCGAAAGGAUCUUUGACUCAUUUACUUCAUCUAGCGCCUGAAGGAGAAAUCUUAGCGCAUGUAGAUAAUUUAGAAGCUUCGGGGAGUGUGAUAUGCGGCGUAUCUUUAGGCGCAAGUAGGACAUUAAGAUUGGAGAAGAAGGAGAAGGAUGGUGAAGAUAAAGGAAGUCAAGGAUGGGAUGUAAGGUUAGAUAAUGGCAGUGUGUAUUUACAACGUGAUACUGUUCGAUAUCAUUAUGAACAUUCAAUCUUACCUUAUUCAUCUGAAGGUUCAGUAUGGGAUGGAAAGAAAUUACAGUCAGGUCACAGAAUAAGUAUAAUGAUUAGGGAUGCACCAUCAAGACCAGCACACUUAUAG